AUGGACACCGGCCCACACUGCGAAGCGGUGGACCCCGGCAGCAGCCCCAAGGACAGAGUGCUGCAGGUGCUCAUACCGGAGCUCUGGCACCUCGAGGCCAGGCAGAAGACGCUGAAGAGAAAGGUGGAAAAAUACAAGCUUUUUGAGGACUAUCUGAUUAAAGUCCUGAAGAAAAUCCCCAAGGACUGCAGUGAAGGGGUGGAGCCGGAGGGGGCCCUGGUGGACGCCCUGGUGGAGCACUAUGGGAAACUCUUCACGGCCAGCCAGGACCUCCAGAAACAUCUGGAAGCCUUUUCCAGGAUGAGCCAGGCCGUGCACCAGAUCCUGGAAUCUCUUGAGGAGGGCUUUCGGAUCGUUAUCCCGGGCCUCAAGAUCCAGCUGUGUCAGCUUCAGAAGAAGUGUCACCGCUGGCAGGACCUGGGGUGGCACAGGGGACAGGGAGUCACCUGUCAGAAAGACCUGGACUAUUAUCACAACCAGCUGCUCAACUACAUGCAAAUGAUCAUUGACAACAUGGUCCACCUGUGCUGCCGCUCUGCCCACCACGAGCCCAGUGACAUGGACCUCUUCUCAAAGCUUGACCUGAUUCAGGAAUUCAUUUUGGACAAAAUGGAGACGCUGAGGUUUUUCUCACCACCCAAGGAACCCAGAAUAUGCUGGCCCAGGAGCGACCUCAAGGAGAACCUCGGAAGAUGCCCCAGACUCUUCAGGAAAUGA